GGUUGAGGGGUAAUAGCUGUUCCUGAACCUGGGGUUGUGAGCCCUGAGGCUCCUGUACCUUCUACCCGACGCAGCAGCGAGAAGAGAGCUUGGCCUGGGUGGAUGGGUGCUGCAAGGGAAAUACUGAUAAUUUGUACGAGGAAGAGCAUUAUUUGAACAACACAAAAUCCAUGGUUUUGCAAAGAGGUGGCAGGGUUGCUGAACUGAUGUGGUCAGGGUUGUGCUGGUCAGUUCAGGAAUGCAAUGGUUGAAGCGGUUUUGAACCAAGUUCCUGCACCUCCCGCCUGAGAAGAUGGCACGGCCCAGAUGAUGGACAUUGCCUUUUUGAGGCAGUGCCUCCUGUAGCUGAUGUCAUUUCAAAUACAGUGCCCUCCCACUCGGUCCAAACCCUGACACUGGCAAAUUGUCCGAUAUUCAUGGGCUCAGUAGAUUUGACUGGGCUUCACUGUACCCCUUUACCACGAGCCACGCUGUACAGAUGUUCGGAGUGUUGGUGAGGCUGCACCCGAGGACAGUUCUGGUCAUCCCGUGAUAGGAAAGACAUGGGUAAACUGGAAAGAGUGUAGAGAAGAUUGGGCAUUGCCAGGAUUCGAGGGACCGAUGUACAGGGAGAGGUUUGGCAGGUUAGGACGUAGGAAACUGAGAGAUGAUCUUACAGGGAGAGGUUUGGCAGGUUGGGAGAUGGAGUCGGAGACGGAGAUGAUCUUACAGGGAGAGGUUUGGCAGGUUGGGAGACGGAGAUGAUCUUACAGGGAGAGGUUUGGCAGGUUGGGAGACGGACUCGGAGACGGAGAUGAUCUUACAGGGAGAGGUUUGGCAGGUUGGGAGAUGGAGUCGGAGACGGAGAUGAUCUUACAGGGAGAGGUUUGGCAGGUUGGGAGACGGAGAUGAUCUUACAGGGAGAGGUUUGGCAGGUUGGGAGACGGACUCGGAGACGGAGAUGAUCUUACAGGGAGAGGUUUGGCAGGUUGGGAGACGGACUCGGAGACGGAGAUGAUCUUACAGGGAGAGGUUUGGCAGGUUGGGAGACGGAGUCGGGGACGGAGAUGAUCUUACAGGGAGAGGUUUGGCAGGUCAGAGCGCAGGAGACGGAGAUGAUCUUACAGGGAGAGGUUUGGCAGGUCGGAGUGCAGGAGACGGAGAUGAUCUUACAGGGAGAGGUUUGGCAGGUCAGAGCGCAGGAGACGGAGAUGAUCUUACAGGGAGAGGUUUGGCAGGUCAGAGCGCAGGAGACGGAGAUGAUCUUACAGGGAGAAGUUUGGCAGGUCGGAGCGCAGGAGACGGAGAUGAUCUUACAGGGAGAGGUUUGGCAGGUUGGGAGACGGAGAUGAUCUUACAGGGAGAGGUUUGGCAGGUUGGGAGACGGAGAUGAUCUUACAGGGAGAGGUUUGGCAGGUCGGAGUGCAGGAGACGGAGAUGAUCUUACAGGGAGAGGUUUGGCAGGUCGGAGCGCAGGAGACGGAGAUGAUCUUACAGGGAGAGGUUUGGCAGGUCAGAGCGCAGGAGACGGAGAUGAUCUUACAGGGAGAGGUUUGGCAGGUCAGAGCGCAGGAGACGGAGAUGAUCUUACAGGGAGAAGUUUGGCAGGUCGGAGCGCAGGAGACGGAGAUGAUCUUACAGGGAGAGGUUUGGCAGGUUGGGAGACGGAGAUGAUCUUACAGGGAGAGGUUUGGCAGGUUGGGAGACGGACUCGGAGACGGAGAUGAUCUUACAGGGAGAGGUUUGGCAGGUCAGAGCGCAGGAGACGGAGACGAUCUUACAGGGAGAGGUUUGGCAGGUCGGAGCGCAGGAGACGGAGAUGAUCUUACAGGGAGAAGUUUGGCAGGUCGGAGCGCAGGAGACGGAGAUGAUCUUACAGGGAGAGGUUUGGCAGGUCGGAGUGCAGGAGACGGAGAUGAUCUUACAGGGAGAGGUUUGGCAGGUCGGAGUGCAGGAGACGGAGAUGAUCUUACAGGGAGAGGUUUGGCAGGUCGGAGCGCAGGAGACGGAGAUGAUCUUACAGGGAGAGGUUUGGCAGGUCGGAGCGCAGGAGACGGAGAUGAUCUUACAGGGAGAGGUUUGGCAGGUCAGAGCGCAGGAGACGGAGAUGAUCUUACAGGGAGAGGUUUGGCAGGUCGGAGUGCAGGAGACGGAGAUGAUCUUACAGGGAGAGGUUUGGCAGGUCGGAGCGCAGGAGACGGAGAUGAUCUUACAGGGAGAGGUUUGGCAGGUCGGAGCGCAGGAGACGGAGAUGAUCUUACAGGGAGAGGUUUGGCAGGUCGGAGCGCAGGAGACGGAGAUGAUCUUACAGGGAGAGGUUUGGCAGGUCGGAGCGCAGGAGACGGAGAUGAUCUUACAGGGAGAGGUUUGGCAGGUCAGAGCGCAGGAGACGGAGAUGAUCUUACAGGGAGAGGUUUGGCAGGUCGGAGUGCAGGAGACGGAGAUGAUCUUACAGGGAGAGGUUUGGCAGGUCGGAGCGCAGGAGACGGAGAUGAUCUUACAGGGAGAGGUUUGGCAGGUCGGAGCGCCGGAGACGGAGAUGAUCUUACAGGGAGAGGUUUGGCAGGUCGGAGCGCAGGAGACGGAGAUGAUCUUACAGGGAGAGGUUUGGCAGGUCAGAGCGCAGGAGACGGAGAUGAUCUUACAGGGAGAGGUUUGGCAGGUUGGGAGAUGGAGUCGGAGACGGAGAUGAUCUUACAGGGAGAGGUUUGGCAGGUUGGGAGAUGGAGUCGGAGACGGAGAUGAUCUUACAGGGAGAGGUUUGGCAGGUUGGGAGAUGGAGUCGGGGACGGAGAUGAUCUUACAGGGAGAGGUUUGGCAGGUCGGAGCGCAGGAGACGGAGAUGAUCUUACAGGGAGAGGUUUGGCAGGUCGGAGCGCAGGAGACGGAGAUGAUCUUACAGGGAGAGGUUUGGCAGGUCGGAGCGCAGGAGACGGAGAUGAUCUUACAGGGAGAGGUUUGGCAGGUUGGGAGACGGAGAUGAUCUUACAGGGAGAGGUUUGGCAGGUCGGAGCGCAGGAGACGGAGAUGAUCUUACAGGGAGAGGUUUGGCAGGUCAGAGCGCAGGAGACGGAGAUGAUCUUACAGGGAGAGGUUUGGCAGGUCGGAGCGCAGGAGACGGAGAUGAUCUUACAGGGAGAGGUUUGGCAGGUCAGAGCGCAGGAGACGGAGAUGAUCUUACAGGGAGAGGUUUGGCAGGUUGGGAGAUGGAGUCGGAGACGGAGAUGAUCUUACAGGGAGAGGUUUGGCAGGUCGGAGUGCAGGAGACGGAGAUGAUCUUACAGGGAGAGGUUUGGCAGGUCGGAGUGCAGGAGACGGAGAUGAUCUUACAGGGAGAGGUUUGGCAGGUCGGAGCGCAGGAGACGGAGAUGAUCUUACAGGGAGAGGUUUGGCAGGUCGGAGCGCCGGAGACGGAGAUGAUCUUACAGGGAGAGGUUUGGCAGGUCGGAGCGCAGGAGACGGAGAUGAUCUUACAGGGAGAGGUUUGGCAGGUCAGAGCGCAGGAGACGGAGAUGAUCUUACAGGGAGAGGUUUGGCAGGUUGGGAGAUGGAGUCGGAGACGGAGAUGAUCUUACAGGGAGAGGUUUGGCAGGUUGGGAGAUGGAGUCGGAGACGGAGAUGAUCUUACAGGGAGAGGUUUGGCAGGUUGGGAGAUGGAGUCGGGGACGGAGAUGAUCUUACAGGGAGAGGUUUGGCAGGUCGGAGCGCAGGAGACGGAGAUGAUCUUACAGGGAGAGGUUUGGCAGGUCGGAGCGCAGGAGACGGAGAUGAUCUUACAGGGAGAGGUUUGGCAGGUCGGAGCGCAGGAGACGGAGAUGAUCUUACAGGGAGAGGUUUGGCAGGUCGGAGCGCAGGAGACGGAGAUGAUCUUACAGGGAGAGGUUUGGCAGGUCAGAGCGCAGGAGACGGAGAUGAUCUUACAGGGAGAGGUUUGGCAGGUCGGAGUGCAGGAGACGGAGAUGAUCUUACAGGGAGAGGUUUGGCAGGUCGGAGCGCAGGAGACGGAGAUGAUCUUACAGGGAGAGGUUUGGCAGGUCGGAGUGCAGGAGACGGAGAUGAUCUUACAGGGAGAGGUUUGGCAGGUCGGAGCGCAGGAGACGGAGAUGAUCUUACAGGGAGAGGUUUGGCAGGUCGGAGCGCAGGAGACGGAGAUGAUCUUACAGGGAGAGGUUUGGCAGGUCAGAGCGCAGGAGACGGAGAUGAUCUUACAGGGAGAGGUUUGGCAGGUUGGGAGAUGGAGUCGGAGACGGAGAUGAUCUUACAGGGAGAGGUUUGGCAGGUCGGAGUGCAGGAGACGGAGAUGAUCUUACAGGGAGAGGUUUGGCAGGUCGGAGCGCAGGAGACGGAGAUGAUCUUACAGGGAGAGGUUUGGCAGGUCGGAGCGCCGGAGACGGAGAUGAUCUUACAGGGAGAGGUUUGGCAGGUCGGAGCGCAGGAGACGGAGAUGAUCUUACAGGGAGAGGUUUGGCAGGUUGGGAGAUGGACUCAGAGACGGAGAUGAUCUUACAGGGAGAGGUUUGGCAGGUUGGGAGAUGGAGUCGGAGACGGAGAUGAUCUUACAGGGAGUGUUUUGGCAGGUCGGAGCGCAGGAGACGGAGAUGAUCUUACAGGGAGAGGUUUGGCAGGUUGGGAGACGGAGAUGAUCUUACAGGGAGAGGUUUGGCAGGUUGGGAGAUGGACUCGGAGACGGAGAUGAUCUUACAGGGAGAGGUUUGGCAGGUCGGGAGAUGGAGUCGGAGAUGAUCUUACAGGGAGAGGUUUGGCAGGUCGGAGCGCAGUAGACGGAGAUGAUCUUACAGGGAGAGGUUUGGCAGGUCGGAGCGCAGGAGACGGAGAUGAUCUUACAGGGAGAGGUUUGGCAGGUUGGGAGAUGGAGUCGGAGAUGAUCUUACAGGGAGAGGUUUGGCAGGUUGGGAGAUGGAGUCGGAGACGGAGAUGAUCUUACAGGGAGAGGUUUGGCAGGUCGGAGCGCAGGAGACGGAGAUGAUCUUACAGGGAGAGAUUUGGCAGGUCGGAGCGCAGGUGACGGAGAUGAUCUUACAGGGAGAGGUUUGGCAGGUUGGAGCGCAGGAGACGGAGAUGAUCUUACAGGGAAAAGUUUGGCAGGUUGGGAGGUGGAGUUGGAGAUAAUCUGAUAGAAGUGUAUAAAACCAGGAGGUGCAGAUUGGGUAAAUGUGCCCUGUCCUUUUCCCCAGGCUGGGGAAUCCAGAACUGGGUUUAAGGUGAGAGGUGAAGGAUCUCAGGGUCCGUAUGUUAACCGAGGGCUCCGUGGAGCCUCGUAGGUUUGGAACCUCUGGUUUAGAGAGGUCCGGGACAACUGAGGACAGAUGGAAUCUCGGUCGGCAAGGACCAGUUCAAACAAGGGGCCUGUUUCUGCUUUGUUGGAUGUUUCUCCCCCUGUGUUGAUGGUGGGUCACUUGAUGGUGUGUGACAGGGAUGGGUAAAUCAGGGUGUGGAUGGGAGGGAAGGGGACACCUUGCUCUUGGUGCUUUGCGGUCCCAGUGGGUGACCCUGCUGGACAGGAGGGGGCAGUUGUUCUCACCGAGGGUGGGGAUCUAACCGG